AUGUUAGCGCAUGCUUUCGAGGGUUAUAACGUGUGUAUCUUCGCGUACGGCCAGACCGGUUCCGGAAAGAGCUAUACAAUGAUGGGUAAACAGGACGAUGAGGGCAUCAUUCCUCACAUUUGCAAAGACUUAUUCAACAGAAUCCAAUUUGAAGACAAUAAUGAAGUCAUGUAUUCCGUUGAGGUCUCUUAUAUGGAGAUCUAUUGCGAAAGAGUUAGAGAUCUGUUGAAUCCCAAAAAUAAGGGUUCAUUGCGUGUUCGCGAGCACCCAGUGCUCGGACCAUAUGUUGAAGAUUUGUCCAAAUUAGCCGUCACUUCUUAUGAGGAUAUUCGAGACAUAAUGGAUGAGGGAAAUAAAGCCAGAACUGUUGCCUCGACUAAUAUGAACGAAACCAGCAGUCGAUCGCAUGCCGUCUUCACCAUAAUAUUCACUCAAUUAAGAGAAGACAGAAUUCGAUCGCAUGCCGUCUUCACCAUAAUAUUCACUCAAUUAAGAGAAGACAGAAUGUCUGGUCUGACGAGUGAGAAAGUGAGCAAAAUAUCUUUGGUUGACUUGGCAGGCUCAGAACGUGCGGACGCGACAGGAGCUCAGGGAACUCGGCUUAAAGAAGGCGGAAACUCAAAGACAGCAAUGAUUGCAGCCCUAAGUCCGGCAGAUAUAAACUUUGAGGAAACUCUAAGUACUCUGCGAUACGCCGAUAGAGCGAAACAGAUUGUAUGCAAAGCUGUGAUCAAUGAGGACGCGAACGCUAAGAUCAUUAGAGAACUGAAGGAUGAGAUAACACGACUCAGAGCUCUGUUGAGGAGUGAAGGCCUCGACUUGGAGGAGGACGGCUGUCCCAUCUCUGUUCAGGCAGACGGCCAACGAAGAAGUGGUUCCGUUUCGAUAGUGAGUGAGAACGCUAUGGAACAGUUGCAGGAAAGCGAGAAAUUGAUGCUCGAGUUGAACGAAACGUGGGAACAGAAGCUGAAGAAGACUGAAUCCAUUCGUAUACAACGAGAGACAGCGUUGGCAGAGAUGGGGGUCGCCACCAGAGAAGACGGCGAUGCGGUCGGAGUGUUCUCUCCCAGCGAAACGCCUCAUUUGGUUAAUCUCAAUGAGGACCCACUCAUGUCCGAGUGCUUGAUCUACUACAUCAAAGAUGGCUUCACACGCGUGGGUCAGUCAAACGCGUCGGUGCCUCAAGACAUUAGACUCAAUGGCACGCAUAUAAUCAGUGAGCACUGCAUCUUCGAGAACAGGAACGGAAGGGUGACUUUGAUUCCUUGCAAAGACGCCCUCUGUUUCGUUAAUGGAAAACAAGUGGACCGACCGCUAGAAAUAAGCACCGGAUCUCGAGUUAUACUCGGCAAGUAUCACGUGUUUCGGUUUCAACACCCGAUUAGGGCGCGAGAAAACAGAGACCGACGGUCGCCGUGUGUGGAGCAGCCGAGUGGACCCCUUCAGGCCGUCGACUGGACUUACGCUCAGUUAGAGUUACUUGAGAAGCAGGGCAUUGACUUGAAGUCAGAAAUGGAGCAAAAGCUGAUUGUUUUGGAGGAACAGUAUAAGAAGGAGAAGGAAGAGGCGGAUCAGCUCUUUGAAGAGCAGCGUAAGAAUUACGAGCAGACAAUCGAAAGACUUCAACAACAGGUGAACCAACAGUCGAUGACUAUGUCUUCGUUAUAUGCGUCCACAAUAUCCACACUCAAUGAGUGCAAAGUAAACGAUGACGAAGUUUUCCCAGAGGAUUACGUUUGGACUGAACGUGAGAUUCAAAUCGCGAAGAGAGCGGCAAAGAAGUGGAAAUACCAUCAGUUCACUAGUCUUAGGGAUGAUUUGUGGGGAAACGCAAUCUUCUUGAAAGAGGCGAACGCUAUCUCUGUUGAGCUUAAAAAGAGAGUUCAGUUUCAGUUUGUUUUACUCACGGAUACGAUGUUCUCACCACUUCCUCCUGAGAUGAUCACUACUUAUGAUGAGCUCCAUUACGACGACAAAGUGGAAGAGAGACCCUUUCCGAGGACUAUAGUAGCCGUGGAGGUGACAGACCUGAAGAACGGGGCCACACAUUACUGGUCUCUCAACAAAUUGAGACACCGUCUGGAGCUUAUGCGACAAAUUUAUUACAACUAUUUUGUUGAGCCGACUAAUAACGACUAUUUAUUGCAAUGCCUGACAAUUGCAGCACAAAAGCUAAGAAGUCCUGUAUUUCUCGAAGACAGGAAAAGAUUAGAAUCGAUGCGAGAAAUGUAUAAAAACGAAGAAUCGUCUCCACUCUCGCCAACUGAAUGCGGUCUCAUUGAGUCCACCUCUGGUGGCGAUCCUUUCUAUGAUAGGUUUCCCUGGUUUAGGCUCAUCGGCAGAACUUAUGUCUAUUUAUCCAAUCUUUUAUAUCCGGUUAGUCUCAUACAAAAGGUUCCUAUUGUUAAUGAGAAGGGAGAUGUCAAGGGAUACUUAAGGGUCGCUAUUCAGUCAGUUGGAGACGACGAAGAGAUGAAUAUAUCAGAGAGUUCUUGUGCUAUAAGACAAUCGGCGCGAAUUAACUUCGAUGACAGCGACGAAGAGUUAAUCAGAAUCCAGAAGAAGCAUAAAUUACAAAAAGAGGCCAAUUCUCUAUUUAACUUAAGUAAAAGUGAAACAAUUGAUGGCUUAACCACUGAUGACCAGCAAAAUAAUAAUUACGAACGAAAUGUCGAUUACGACCACAAGACUGGUCAACACUUACAGGAAGAUAAAGAAUUCACAUUUCGAGUGACUAUUCUUCAUAUAAGCGAUAUAUCUAAAGAUUACGGCGAUAUCUUCUGUCAAUUCAAUUUCCUGCACCGACACGACGAGGCCUUUUCCACUGAGCCCAUCAAAAAUACAGGCAAAGGUCCGGCGCCCGGAUUUUUUCGCGUCCAGAAUAUCACUGUAACCGUGACUAAGGCUUUCAUUGAAUAUUUACGAUUACAUCCAAUCGUAUUCGAGAUCUUCGGUCACUAUCAACAGCACCCCCUCCACAAAGAGGCCAAAGAUGACAGAGAUUUCAUAUCCGGGCAAAACUCAUUAGUUCGUCCGCCACCGAGACAUAUGUUUCCGCAAUCGGUUCCCAUUUCAUUGCCAAUCAAAUCGCAGAAAUUUACAUGUCUGUCCCCAUCACUGAGCACUGCACUCGUCUACUCAAAGUAUGAUUUGUUAGUUUGGAUGGAAAUCUGCGAAUUGGCGCCGAAUGGUGAAUAUAAUCCGGUUGUGGUCGACCAUAACGAUGAUACCGCAUGUCGGGGCACUUUCCUCUUACAUCAGGGGAUUCAGCGUAGGAUUAGGAUAACUAUUAUCUACGAACCGGAUGCAGAAGUUGUAUUUAAGGAGAUUCGUGAAGUAGUGAUCGGUAGGAUCAGGACUCAGGCUGACUGUCCCGAUACGGAUGACGAAACUGAUUCAUCAAUUAUAUCUUUGGGUCUCUUUGCCGGAGAAUAUUUGGAGAAAAUGAAUAAUAGAAAUGUUUAUCGAUAUGAGGCGGCCUGGGAUUCAUCGCUCCAUAAUUCGCUGCUACUUAAUAGAGUCACACCAUAUGGCGAACGCAUUUAUUUAACUAUUUCUUCAUAUUUAGAACUCGAAAACUGUACCCAACCGUCAAUUAUUACAAAAGACUUUUGUCUUAUACUCUAUGGUCGAGACGCGCGAACAUUCCCGCGAUUGACACCCAAUACCAAAGUGUUGAAGAAUAUUCUGAGCGGCGCCUAUAGGGACGCCAAUUCCAAUCAUAUCAGUUCUGUCUAUGAGCUCAUCCUAAAGAGAGCCGUCGAUUCUGGAAGUCCUGGAGUGCAACGAAGACAACGAAGAGUUUUGGACACAUCGACGGCAUAUGUGAGAGGGGAAGAGAAUUUGAAGGGAUGGCAACCUCGAGGGGAUUCAUUGAUAUUCGAUCACCAGUGGGAACUCGAAAAGAUUAAACGCAUCGAAGAAGUGGAGAGAAUUAGACACAAGAUAUUAGUUAAGGAUCGCUUGAAUAAUGCCGAUGAAUGUACUUAUGAUGACAUGAACUUUACUUCUGCAAUGAAGACCAGUAGUAGUCGAUUGAGUCUUAUAUUGGCCUCACCUACCAAUCCGACGGCCACUCAGAUUGGAGCCACAGAUAGCAUGUAUGAGCCCUGGGAUAUGACUGACAGGGAGAGGGAUUUAUGCCUUAAAUGUGUUCAUUUAAUCCAAACUCAUAUCCCUUCUAAACCUCCUCCGCAAUCAACCAAAAAGAAUUCAUUGCAAACGCCAACCAAUGAGGAGAUCACCAUUUCUUCGAUGUCUUCGAGUCCAGAUGUCUUGUCGCCCGACAAGUCCAUCAGUGCCACCAAUUGGCUCAAGAAGACAGCGAUUGAUAUAUCGGCGCAAACAUUGAACAAUGUGUCACAAAACGAGCAAUUGUUGGGAACAGAUAUGAAGCCAUCAUUUGUUGCAGAAAUUGAAGAAAUUAGAGUCAGUCCUAUCAUCUCGAAGAAGGGAUUCUUAAAUUGUUUAGAAGACAGGACCGGCUGUUGGGUCAAGAGAUGGGUUGUCGUGAAGAGACCCUACCUUUUCAUAUAUGACGACCAAAAGGACACGAUUGAGAAGAAUGUCAUUAAUUUGUCGAACGCUUUGAUAGAGUGUUCCGAAGACCAGAAACAGAUGCUUAAAGUGGUGAACGUCUUCUCUAUUGUCACCAAUUAUAGCGGAUUUUUGAUGCAAACCUCAUCUGAUAAAGAGGUCCACGAAUGGCUGUAUGCCAUCAAUCCAUUACUCGCCGGUCAGAUCAAGUCUAAGACUUCUCGAUUCAAUCGCAUCAACAAAGACACGAAUUGUGAUGAGAAACAGACCGAAACCAGUAUGCCUCCCAUACCAGUGCCGACGGCCGAUGAGUUGUGGGGCAGACAUCUGAUGCCUAACUCACUGGCGAUCGACGUCUUAAUGCCCAACGGAUUGCUCAUUGAAGUGAUGGCUAACAGAGAGUCCACUUUGGAGACCAUUAAGAGCGACCUCUGGGUUGAGGCCAAGAAGAAUGUCUUCUACCGAGUGCUCAAUGACUGCAACUCUUAUAUCUUCGUAUCCGUCACUCAAGACUCCAAAGUCGAGGAGUUCUACGACGAGUCCCGAAGACUCUGCGACUUAAGGCUAUUCGAGCCGAUCCUCAAACUCAUUGAACCCGAGGGUAACAAAGAGGAGAAGAUAUUGUCGUCGGAAAUAAGUCUAGCCAUCGGUAAACCCAUUCAUGAAUUGGAUUCAAUCAAAGAACCAGAAGUGGUGGAGUUUCGCAGAAAUAUUCAAACCGUUUGCCGACAAAUUGUGGACAAAAGGGAAGCACUGCCUCUUCAGGAGAAAGUCUUUUACGCUUUUCCUCCAGAAUUAGACGAAACCAUUGCUGUAGACAUUCAGACGAAGGAAUUACUCGAAAUAAACGUAUGGAUCACUCUUGAGGAUCAAACCGUUGAAUCCCAUGUCUUAACAGUGAAUCCAAACUACUUAUGUCUUCACCUCAUCUCUGAUGUCCUCUCUUUAGUCCACAAGAAGUCAAACAUUGAUCACUCGGUUCAGCAAAACACCGAUAAAUAUGUGCUCAAAGUGUGUGGUUUUGAGCAAUACUUGUUAGGAAACAACCAUUUAUACAGAUAUAGCUACAUCCGGUCGUGUAUAUCACAGGCAAAAGUGCCUCAAUUGCUUUUAGUGCAAAAGCAUAAACUCAAUGAAAAAGUGCCCAAAAGUGCAUUUCUCAUGACUUCGUUCAUGAGACGAAUUGGAUCUCUAAGUAUUGGUUCUCAAAGUUCUGACAUUUUAAAUGGUCUUCAGAACAACCAAUUGAUGUCUUUGUGGAAAAUCGAGAGCUUCUUCCGAAUUCGUGUGGUUUUGGCAACAUAUGUCAAUGUGCGAGACGUGGACCGCAUAUACGUCAAGGCAGGCAUAUAUCACGGGGCAGAGGCCCUGUGCGAGGAGAAGGUCACUCAGCACGUCGUCCCCCAAAACCCCCGUUGGAAUGAAAUGCUUGAAUUUGAUCUCUUUAUUCCGGAUAUCCCUCGAAAUGCGAGGCUUUGCUUAUCUAUCUGUGCGGCAACUUUCAGAAAGCGCAGGGAUGAGCACUACGCCAUCGCCUUCGGGAAUAUGCAAUUGUUUGACUUCAAGAGUCGACUCCUGAGCGACAAAAUUAACAUCAAUUUGUGGCCAAUGCCUAAGGGAUACGAAGAUUUGCUCAACCCUUUAGGGAUGAUUGGCUCCAAUCCUAACAACGAUUCCUCGUGUCUGCAGAUAGAGUUCGAUAGGUUUGCACUUCCAGUCGUCUACCCGCCCGACCCACAGAUUGAAGAAUACGCUAUUUUUAUCAACAAAUGGCGACAAAAGAAGGAUCAGGCGAGUGGUUCAGCCGAUUCUCAAAGCAGUUCUCGCUAUGAUUGUGAUGAUGCGGUUCCCGUGCAAGAGAUGCCACAAUUGCAUGAAAUCCUUCGACGCGACCCUUUGUCCGAACUGUCCGAACAGGAAAAGGACUUAUUGUGGAGAUUCCGGAACUCUUUGUCCACAAUCCCUGACUCAUUGCCUAAACUGUUGGAUGCGAUUAAGUGGAACAGUAGGGAUGAGGUCUCGCAGCUAUAUCUUCUCCUGAAGAAGUGGCCCACCAUUAAAGUGGAGACCGCUUUGGAGCUAUUGGACUGUAAAUAUGCAGAUUUAAAGGUCAGGUCAUAUGCUAUCAAGUGGUUGAACUCAGGCCUCACAGAUGAUCAUUUGAUGCAAUACUUGCUGCAAUUGGUUCAGGUGCUCAAGAAAGAGCCCUAUUAUGAUAACGAACUCUCGAACUUCUUGUUAAGUCGUUCUCUAAUGAACCAAAGAAUCGGUCAUUUCUUCUUCUGGCACUUGAAGUCUGAAAUGUAUGAACCCUUGCAUUCAUUACGUUGUGGUAUAUUACUUGAGGCCUAUUGUCGUGGUUUGCCAUUCAAUUGUCUGCAUUCGGUGGUCAAACAGGUGGCGGCUCUCGAAAAGCUCGAGAAAUUGACGGAUGUGUUGAAAGAGCGCAAAGACGAUACACAGAAAGAUAGGAUCCGUUUCCUUUCGAAUUACAUCAAACAGGCCGACUAUUUGGAAGCACUCCAACAACUGGCCAACCCAUUGAACAGUAGCCUUAUUUUGGGUGAUAUACUGGUGGACGAGUGCAGAAUCAUGGACUCCGCCAAACGCCCCCUUUGGCUCGUGUGGUCCAAUCCGGACCCAAUGGCUCACAUCUCUUGCCCAACGAAUGCCAUUAUCUUCAAGAAUGGCGAUGACUUACGACAAGAUAUGUUGACUUUGCAAGUGAUCCGUAUUAUAGACUUGAUAUGGCGUCGAGAGAAUCUGGACCUUAAGAUGCUUCCCUACACAUGUCUGGCCACUGGUAAACAGGUCGGGAUGAUUGAAGUGGUGAGGAAUGCCAAAACAGUGAUGAAUAUUCAGCGCAGCGGUGGUCGUAUGGCUGCCUUUCAGGUGGAUUCGAGUCAACUCCACAAAUGGAUUAAAGAGCACAACAAAGACAAGUACAACAACGCUGUGGACAACUUCACGAAGUCGUGCGCCGGCUAUUGUGUGGCCACUUUCAUACUGGGCAUCGGCGACAGGAAUCCCGACAACAUUAUGAUCACCGAAGACGGACAGAUCUUCCACAUAGACUUCGGCCACUUCUUGGGUCACUUCAAGAAGAAGUUCGGAAUCAAUAGGGAAAGGGUUCCCUUUGUUCUCACCUAUGAUUUCCUUCAAGUAAUCUCUAAGGGAUCCGAAAAUCCUCUUAAGAGUAAAGAGUUCGAGGCUUUCCAGCAGUUGUGCGGACGGGCAUAUCUGGCACUCCACCAAAACGCCAACCUAUUGAUAGCAUUGUUCACAAUGAUGUUGUCGACCGGUAUUCCAGAGUUACAGUCUAUGGAAGACAUCAGUUAUUUGCGACAGACUUUGCAGGUCGAGAAGACCAGCGAUGAGGCGCUCAAGUAUUUCGAGACACAGUUGGAUGAGGCACAUGGAGGCGCCUGGUCUACUAAACUCGACUGGUUCUUCCAUUCGGUCAAACAUAGCUCAAAGACUUAAGCAUCAGAU